AUGACCCUGCCGCGGACCCUGUCUCUCCUGCUCCACCCCACCCCUGAGUGGCUGAUGACAGGACAGUGGGCCCCCGGCCUGUGGCGGGCCUGCAACGGGCUCAUGGCCGCCUUCUUCGCGCUGGCGGCCUUGGUGCAGGUGAACGAUCCAGAUGCAGAACUGUGGAUGGUGGUGUACAUGAUCCCUGCUGUGCUGACCUUGCUUGUUGGACUUAACCCCCUUGUCACGGGCAACAUCAUUUGGAAGAGUAUCUCUGCUAUACACACAUUCCUGUGUAUUGUGUGGGCUGUCAGCUUGGCGGGCCACCUCUGGCUUCAUUCACAACAGAACGUCUUACAUGAGGAAGAAGGCAGGGAACUGUUUGGUCUGGUGAUUAUCACAGCAUGGAUGAGCCUAUGUCACAGUUCAUCAAAGAAUCCAGUUGGUGGAAGAAUUCAGUUGGCUACUGCCAUUGUAAUCGCUCUCUUCCCAUUUCUCUCUUGGGUCUACAUAUACAUAAACAAGGAGAUGCGGUCCUCCUGGCCAACUCACUGCAAGACAGUACUUUAA